AGACAUGUUCGCCCAAGGACAGGGGAGCCAGUUUGAGAGCCAUGGCCGCCGAAGGUUCCACGGCCUCUGAGACCGCUGAGGGUAGCUCGUUGGUCGUGGAGAGGUCCCAACAAGACUUCGAUGUGCCCAAGAAGUUGCGGGCGAAGGUUGUGCAUGGGUUCGGCCGCGGUAGCAAGACGCUCGGAUUCCCGACCGCGAACAUGGAGGUGAAGUGGGACAAAGGGGAGACCCCAGAGGAUCUGAAGCCCGAGGAACGAGAGAUCCUGGAAUUCGCACGCACCUGUAAGGCUGGUAUCUACUACGCCUGGGCCCAGGUAGCAGAUGGCCCGGAUAGAGGGGUGUAUAAGACCGCCAUGAGCGUGGGCUGGAACCCCACAUUCACCGACGUCAAGGUGAAGACUAUAGAGCCAUGGAUCUUGCACGACUACGGCGCAGACUUCUACGAUUGCGAGUUGCGCCUGGUGGUAUGCGGCUACGUCCGCGAUGAGUUGAAGUUCGAAAAGUUUGACGAACUUAUCCAGUUGCGAUCAGGGAGGACGGAGAAUUCUGCAGCGGGGCGCUGGAGACACCCGCGUCCGCGGCUCUGGCGCGUGACGCGUUCUUCGCAGGAGCAGCGGCGGCGGAAGGGGCGCCAGGCGGGCCCUGCGCCCUGCUCUGAGGUCGGACCAGGGGCAACGCCAGGGGGGAAAUCUGCGCGGACCUCCGAACUUCUGUUUACGCCGAUGCAUCUUCUUCAAGCUGCCUGGCACCACGAGGUGCCCUUCAAGGUGGGAAUCCGCCGCCACGCAACCAGGACGCAGCCGAAGAGGUGCCAGCGGAAGCUCAAGGCUCCUGUCAAGAGAAUUCGAGGAUCCGCGCGGACCUUCGUCGGACGGGGCUAGGACGAAGAUAAAUCCUUUCCAGAGCGUCCUGGAAUGCUCCUCGGAGCGUUCUGGGACGCUCUGAGGAGGCCGCGGCGCCCGAGACAUCCACCCCGGGCCGCCGGAUCUCAGAGAUUCUCGACUUCUCCUCACGCGAGUCUAUCAUCGUCCUGGCGUCGUCGAGGUGCCGUUUAUCAUCCCCUGAGGUGCCCUGCAGAUUCGGAAGGGGAGGGAGUUCGGGCGUAGAGGGCCGCCAGCCUCAGACCCCUGGUAGGGGUGGCCGCCUGCGGCAGCCGCAGCCCGUGGCCGCCGUGCGCGGCUCGUGGUGCGCGUGGCGCCCCCACCACUCUCAUCGCCGUCGUCUCGCCUU